AUGUGGACGAGCAUCGCGGAUGUGCAGCCGGUGAUCUUGGCCUUUGCCGGGCCGCUGACACAGUACCUCAACGGCGCGCUCGACGCAGAAUUGCACUUAUACGACACCAACCGCGAACGCACCGUGGCGCGCAUCUGGGCAGACGCCUUUAGCAUGGAUUGGCGCGGGCACCUCGAGCGUCUCCCACCGACCAUGUACAGCAACGUGAUGGCGUACGUUAGCACCAAUUGCUGGUCCUUGAUCGAUCGGAAUCAAUACUGCAACAAGAACUUUGCACUUCCGACGUACGCGGGCUGGACACUCGACAUUGAGCUCUGCGACACCGAUGCCGCCCCGAUGGAAAACGUGUGGCUCGAUGUCCUCGCACCAUUCCUCGACUUUCCCAUCGCUCUCGCGCACGCCGCGGUCAUUGGCGGGCAUCUGGAGCUCCUCCGCUACCUCAUCCGCGAGAAGGGCAUCGUUGUCGCUGACUUUGGCUACAUCCACGAGUACGGCCGCAGUGGUCCGGCGAUGGACGUUGCCGCCUCGUACGGUCAUCUCGAGGUUCUCAAGCUGCUUCACGACCGCGGUGCACCCUUGUGCACGACGGCGGCCAUGGACAAGGCCGCCGUAAAUGGCCAUUUCCACGUCGUCCAGUGGCUCCAGCAGCACCGCACCGAAGGCUGCUCUCCCAACAUACUCGAUCAAGUCAUCAUGAAUGGACACAAAGACAUCGUGCUAUUUCUGCAAAAGCACUACAUCGCCACGUUCUCGCCGGCAGUGUUUCAAGCGGCCGCCACGUACAACGACGUGGACCUCGUCCAGGAGCUGCACUUUGUCUGGCACGCGCCGUGCACGGCCGCCGUCAUGGACACAGCCGCCGCCCACAGCAGCGUGGCGAUCGUCGAGUUUCUGCAUCGAAACAGGACGGAAGGCUGCACGGUGCGGGCCAUGGACAGCGCUGCCUUCCGCGGCGCCGUCGACGUGGUCCGAUUCCUCCACAACAACCGAGAUGAAGGAUGCACGACUCUCGCGCUGGACGCGGCAGCCCGUUGCGGCCAUCUACCGGUCGUCCAGUUCCUCACCGAGCACCGCACCGAGGGUGGUACGGUGCAUGCGAUGGACCGAGCGGCACACCGCGGCUUUGAAGCCGUCGUACGCUACCUCCACAAGCACCGAGAUGAAGGCUGUACGACACGCGCGGUGGACUGGGCCGCCGCCGCAGGCCAUCUCUCCAUUGUACGCUUCCUCUUAAAGCAUCGAUCGGAAGGCGGUACGUUCCGAGGCAUCUACUGGGCGGCCUGGCACGAGCAUCGUGACUACCCUGCCAUUGUGGCUUUGCUGCUGCAGCACGACACGACAAAGGCGCAUGCUGCCGCCGCCGUCGAGCGAGCACUGCGAAUCGGCGACCGGAGAACCUUUGAUGCCCUUCUCGCCGCGGGUUGCGACGGCUCGAUCGAUGUCAACGUCGACGCCAUCGAUUGGCGACCACCGAGUCGCGCGGACGUGCUCCAUGACGACCCCGCGACAGGGGAAUAUGGCUACGCCGACAAAGACGAGGACGAAGAGUAUUUCCGGUUUGACAUGUACUAG